GUAUCCUCUCUCUCUCUCCCUCUCUGUGUAUAUAUAUACACACACACUCUCUCUCUCUCUCUCUCACUAAAUUGAUGAUAUUCCAUCUUCCACCAAUCCCUUUCUUGGUCUGCUUUUUUCAGUUUGGCUUGGCGGUCUCGUCUCUGACGAAGCUGACACUUCGCAGCAGAUGUGAAUUCCGACCGUAUUGUCUAAAAUGGGGUGUUGGAGGUUGGAUCUGUUUCAGUUACGAUUUAUGACAAUCGAGCUCUAUUAAGGGUCUUCUGGUGCGCAACAACUCUUUUUGAACCACCCCUGUAUUGACAUUCUUAAAUGGAGUAGUUGCCUCUUUGUCAUGCUCUUUCUUUCUGGAAACUUUGUGGAGAAGGCUAUUGUACUUAAAUCUCGAUAUCAAAACAUACGAUUGCCAAAGAUAGUUACCAGUAUGAUGCACAUGUGAUAAAUAUUUCUUCUGAUAUAAUUCAUUUGUAUUCAAAGUGUGGUUGUUGGAGUGAAAUUUGCUCGUCUUUACUGUAAAUUUGUUUACAUAAUCAUGUCUCCUUGGUGGGGAAAAUCUUCAUCCAAAGAAGUAAAGAAAAAAGCAAACAAGGAAGGUUUCUUUGAUACAAUCCACAGAAAAUUCAAGAUUUCUUCUGAAGAAAAGUGCAACAGGCCUGGAGAUUCUCGGAAACAUUGUACUGACACUGCUUCAGAAAAGGGAUCUCUGUCUCAUGCACAGUUGCAAUCACCAUCACCAUCACCCUCGACACAAGUAUCACGCUGUCAAAGUUUUGCUGAAGGGCCUCGUGCCCAACCACUUCCCCUUCCUGGAGUGCACCUUACUAGUGUAGUUCAUACUGAUUCUACAAUUAAUGCAUCAACUAAACCAGGAUUUAACAAAGGCCUCAAGCCGUCACUUUCUCUGCCCCUUCCUAGACCUGAAAAUUUUCCAAACAGGCCAGACCCUGCAGAUGCUGUGGGUGAUUUAACGACAGCUUCUGUUUCUAGUGAUAGUUCGAUUGAUAGUGAUGAUCCUACUGAAUCACGUCUCUUGAGCCCUCAGGCAUCUGACUACGAAAGUGGGAACAGAACUGCUAUGAACAGCCCUACCACCUUAAAGCUUAAGGAACAAUCCCCCGUUUCCAAUCGAAAGAACGCAAGGGAGCUCUUGAGGCCAGCUAACAUUUUGUUGAACAACCAGACUCACCCUACAUCGCCUAAGCAAGGACUUGGAAGCACUCUUGUGCCAAAUUUUCAUAUUCCCUACCAUGGUGCUGUGUGUAGUGCUCCAGACAGCUCAAUGUCAAGUCCAUCUAGAAGUCCAAUGAGAGUAUUUGGCCAUGAACUAGUCAUGAACUCUGGUUUCUGGGGAGGAAAGCCCUAUCCAGAUGUAGCUUUGCUCGGGUCUGGUCAAUGCUCUAGUCCAGGUUCAGGGCACAAUUCUGGGCAGAAUUCAGUAGGAGGAGAUAUGUCUGGACAGCUGUUUUGGCCGCACAGCAGGUGUAGCCCUGAGUGCUCUCCUAUACCUAGUCCAAGAAUGACAAGCCCUGGCCCCAGUUCCAGAAUACACAGUGGUGCUGUCACCCCUCUGCAUCCCCGAGCUGGCCUUGCAGCCAUGGAGAUGCCUGUAAAAUGGUCUGAUGAGAAGAAGCAACAAAGCCACCGGUUGCCCCUCCCCCCAUUAACAAUCUCUAACUCAUGCCCAUUUUCUCCUUCAUAUUCAACAACAACAACUCCACUGCCACGAAGUCCUGGCAGGGUAGAAACUCCAACAAGUCCUGGUUCGCGCUUUAAGAAGGGACCUCUGCUUGGAAGAGGCACAUUUGGACAUGUGUAUCUUGGUUUUAACAGUGAAAUUGGUGAGAUGGGUGCAAUGAAGGAGGUGACACUAUUUUCAGAUGAUGCAAAAUCAAAGGAAAGUGCACAACAGCUGGGACAAGAAAUUGCACUACUGAGUCGAUUGCAGCAUCCAAAUAUAGUCCAGUACUAUGGAUCUGAGACAGUAUGUCUUUUGUGCAAUUUGGUAGAUGACAAACUAUACAUAUAUCUGGAGUAUGUAUCUGGUGGUUCCAUCUACAAACUUCUUCAAGAUUAUGGUCCACUGGGUGAAAUAGCUAUUCGUAGCUACACUGAACAAAUAUUGUCUGGGCUCGCAUAUUUGCAUGCUAAAAAUACAGUUCAUAGGGACAUCAAAGGAGCAAAUAUACUGGUUGACCCCAGUGGCCGUGUGAAAUUGGCCGAUUUUGGGAUGGCAAAACAUAUUACAGGACAGUCCUGUCCAUUAUCAUUCAAGGGAAGCCCUUACUGGAUGGCACCUGAGGUUAUAAAGAAUCCAACCGGUUGCAAUCUUGCUGUAGAUAUAUGGAGCCUUGGGUGCACAGUUUUGGAGAUGGCUACAGGGAAACCACCCUGGAGCCAAUAUGAAGGGGUUGCCGCUUUGUUUAAGAUUGGAAACAGCAAGGAACUUCCUGCAAUCCCGGAAAAUCUCUCAGAUGAGGGCAAGGACUUUGUGAGGCUGUGUUUACAGCGCAAUCCUUUGCACCGUCCUACAGCCGCUAAGCUUUUGGAGCACCCUUUUGUAAACAAUGCUGCAACUUUUGAGAGACCCAUUCUAGAUUCUGAACCUCCAGAGCCAUCACCUACAGUUACAAAUGCUUUGAGAUCUCUGGACACCGGACAUACCAAAAACCUAUCUUGCUUGGACUCGGAGGGAAUGGCUGUCCAUCACCCUAGGGGUUUGAAAACUAGUUCAGGAUUCAGUGAUGCCAAUGCCCAUGUGCCGAGGACCAACAUGCCAUCACCAGUUUCUCUCAUUGGGAGCCCCCUACUACAUUCACGGUCACCACAACAUCUGAGUGGAAGAAUGUCUCCCUCUCCUAUUUCCAGCCCUCGUACCCCAUCCGGUUCAUCCACUCCUCUCACUGGGGGCAGCGGUGCCAUUCCAUUUCAUCACCUGAAGCAGCCAACCUACUUGCACGAAGGCAUGGGAACAAUUCCAAGGUUCCAAAACAAUCUCUGCUCAAAUGUCAGCACUUCCUAUCAUAACCCCAAGCCUGACAUAUUUCGAGGAAUGCCACAAGCCUCUCAUGUUUUCCGGGAAUUAGUUUCAUCUGAAAAUGGUUUUCCAGGAAAUCAGUUUGGACCACCUGUCCAAGGGGACUCAAGGGAACUAUAUGACAGACAGUCGGCAUUGGCAAAUCGUGUUUCCCAGCAACUCUUGAAGGAUCAUGUUAAGUUGAACCCCUUGUUGGACCUUAAUCCAGGUUCUCCGAUCCUUGGUCGCACCAACAGAAUCUGACCACCUGAUCAGAGCUGGCUCUCGGGCAUAUAUGUAAUCAACAAAUUGUACAAUAGGAAUCCAAAGAGAAUCUCUGAAAUAAGUUUAUAUCUUUUGGAACCUGAAAUUCAAGGAGGGAGAGAGAUUAUACAUCAUUGCAUUGGGUUUUCAUGUUCUGUAUGAAAGACGACCUCUGGGGUUCCAGCAUUCAGCAUUGCCAUACAUUGAAGAACAAAUAGACUAGUGUAAAGAAGUGUACAUUUUGUGGUCAUCAUACAUGGUAGAUGAAGCUCAGAGCACCUUGGAGCGAUUCGACUCCAACUCCGUUGACUUGUUCAUUACCGUUAUUUUUCUUUCUUUUUUUUCAAUUGGUGGGGAAAGGUAAGUGAAAGAACUGUACAGGAGCUUGGGUGCCCAGAUUUUGUGGGAAGGCAGUUGUAGAAAAUGCUGGGCAUGCCAUGUUCGAUCUGAUAAUUACAUGGAAGAUUGAGAGCACUCUGGAGGGUUUGGACCUCAUCGACUUGUUCAGUUUCUAGAGUUUAACCACUUAACCAUUAGGCGCUAUCGGGGUGGGAUAGAGAGACUGAAAAUGUCUACACCAGAGGCAGAUCCAGUUUACAUGUCAAUGGAUGCUUUCCGUCCUUCCAUUUCCAUUACUUAGCAUAUAAUGUUUUGCAUUUGUCUCUCUCUUGGUACUCUGUUUCUUUGCAAUCUUUAAUUUAAAGACAAGAUAACCAUAACUUGGUUCCUUUCCUGCAACAAUUGUCAAAAUCUGGAAAGUACUGGCAUUUCUUAGUUUUAAUCAUAUUUCUCAAUGUCGGUGUUUUUCUUU